AUGCAUACCGAGACGGCGACUCGCACGCAAGUUGUGGCACUUCGGGCCUUUACUACUAAAUCGAGUAGUGAAAUUGCCAAUUUAACUGUCAGCUCUGUGAACCGGAUAUAUGCGCGUGCUAUCGAACGGGGUUUCAACCCGCGCGAAGACCCUAUCAUUCAUGAUCGUUAUGUGCAAGAUACACCUCGUCCCGGAAGACCUACAAAGCAAGAUACUGCGACCCAAGAGAUCGUUAUUUCGAAGGUCCGAUCUGAUCGUUAUGAACGGGAGAAAUCUUGUGCUGACCUUGCUGGUGAUCUUAGCAAGCUUGGGGUCAAUAUAUCUGCAGAAACCGUUCGUCGAAUCCUCAAAAAGAAUGGGUUUCGGAAGACCACGGAAGCCUGGGUUGACACCAGCGAUGAAGAAAGCUCGACUUGA